AUGGAUGAAAUUCGCUCAGACGAGAAACGCAGUCAAGCUGUUCAGCCUGUUUACUCGGAUGAGGGUGUUGGCAAGGUCAUCGCCCUUGAUGACGGUGAAGUUGAGCAGUUCUAUGGCUCUUCCACCACACAGGCGUACCGCCUCAAAUCGGAGCUGGUAGGGAAGUGCAUGGAGGAGAUCGGUAUGGGAAAGCGAGUAUACCGGACUCUUGUCUAUAUGAGAAUUACCGCUCACAGAGUUAGGUUUCAAUGGAAGCUCUUUGUCGUGACAGGUUUUGGAUGGAUUGUGGAUAACUUCGCCUCCCAAGGCAUCGGCAGCAUUCAGCCUCCUAUUAGACAAGAAUUUUCGGAUAUUGUCCAUGUCAGCUACAGUUCAGUUGCGUACUAUACCGGCCUUAUUCUAGGUGCAUCCUUCUGGGGCAUUUCAAGUGACUUAAUCGGUCGACGGCCAGCAUUUAACUGUACACUUCUCAUAGCAAGCAUUUUUCUCUGCGCUGCUGCAGGAUCAAUGAACUUCAUAACAUUUAGUGCUCUCUGGGCUGUCAUUGGUACUGCAGCUGGCGGAAAUGUUCCAGUGGAUUCAAUGAUAUUUUUGGAGUUUGUUCCUGGAAGUCAUCAAUAUCUUCUCACUGCGCUUUCGGCAUGGUGGAACUUGAGUCAGUUGAUUGUCUCCUUGCUCUCCUGGGCGUUUCUAGCCAAUUUCAGCUGCCCAACAGACGCGACGCCAGCAACGUGUUCCCGAACCAAGAACAUGGGAUGGAGAUAUAUAUUAAUCACACUUGGAAGCAUGUCACUCGUUUUUACGAUUGUUCGCAUUUUUAUCUUCAAGCUUCCCGAAACUCCACGAUUUCUACUAUCUCAGGGGCGGGAUCAAGAUGCUGUGGAUGCAGUCAACUAUGUUGCUAGACAAAAUAGCAAGCCCGAACCUUUGACCAUAGACAUGCUUCGUGAGAUUGACUCCCGGUUGGGUACUACAUCCGGUGAAGAGGGCGGACACUCGGGUCUAUCAAUCAAGGAAAUCGUGGCUGAAAACUUGCAAGCUUUCCGCGGCGAGCAUUAUCGUGGUUUGUUUGCAACCCGAAAGCUCUCCAGGCAUACUGUUCUUAUCUGGGUGAUAUGGUUGACUAUUGGCAUCGGCUACCCUCUUUACUUCAACUUCCUCCCCUCAUAUCUGGAAACCAAGUUUAUCGAGAACUCUUCUCUAUACCUAACAUACCGCAACUACUGCAUCACAUCCGCCGUUGGGAUUGUAGGGCCACUAUCCGCUGCCGCUUUGAUCAACACACGGCUCGGCCGACGGUAUAUGAUGGGAAUCUCCGCCAUAGUGACAGCUGUCUUCCUUUUCGCCUACGUGGGGGUCAAUAGCUCAACAUCCAGUCUAGCCUUCUCUUGCAUUACAAGUCUGUUGGGUAAUUUUGAGUACGCCAUUAUGUAUGCCUUUACGCCUGAGUCCUUCCCAGCUCCCCAUCGCGGAACAGGAACCGGUACAGCAGCUGCGCUCCUAAGAUUUGGAGGCCUCGUGGCUAGUCUUAUUUCAUCCCAGGCGGGGUUCACCAGCGCCCCCAUUUAUGCCAGUGCUGCCAUGUGGGUAGCGGUGGGAGUUCUCUGUUUCGGGCUACCGUUUGAAACACACGGCCAUGAUGCAAUAUAG